AUGACUGCUUCACCUGACUUCUCUUCUUGCCCAAAUUGCCAUUCACGAACUGUCACGUGGCGAAACACCUUUGUUGGUCUUCUCUAUGGUAUUUUCUGCUUUCCAUGCGGCAUUUACUGUUGUCUCAGGCUACGGCAGCAGCACUGCUCCAAAUGCGACUGUGAUGUAAUAAAGGCAACACCAGAAAUUUCACUGAAUUCACUUGGCUACUCUUUCCGCAACUAUCAUACUAUGGACAAAGGAGUGCCGGCUAUUAUGGCGACCUCAUACCGAAACAUGGCUUAUUCGGCCAGCAUAGCUUCCUCUCAUGAACUCUCAGAACACCCUAACAACUCACAAACCGAGCUUGUUUGA